GAUACGCGCUUAAUUGACACUGUUCCUGAGUCGUCUUGGUGCAGGCUCUGUCCUCUCCGUUUGUUCUACGGUCGUGCUCCCUCAUGCUGGUGGUGCGGCUACUCGAGAAAUCGUGGCCGUGGAAAGAAACGUCCGCAAUAUGGUUGGUCGCCUAUAGCCGGCUAAGUCGGUAUCCCCUCGUCGAGCACUGCCCCCACGGACUGGCCACGGAGCAAUCUCUGUGGCAAUCGGCAAACAAUACGUGGUACCAGGCCCAAAUGGAGCCACUCUACAUUGCAACCUGCGCAUUUAUCCGCUCCCUGCAACGAAAAGGGCCUCUUGGUACCCAUACCACGGACUGUGGCUCGACAAACGACCAUGGCCUCUCCCCCAUAUUAAGCAGUAUGUUCUAUGGUGGCUAAAAGCACCAGGACGGGGACAGAAGUGGUCCUCCACAUUACUAGUGUCAUAUUGGCCCGCCUCACCUCACCUGCCCCAGUGUUCCCCUUUCGGCUCUGUUGGUCUUGUUCCUGAUCUGGACCCGCUUGGGGUGCCCGCCUCAUAUCGCCAAGCUAUCGGUCGGAAAAGACUUGCGUCGGCAAACCCUUGGUCGCAUGCUUGGCGGCCACGGCCGCCUCUGUAAACGGCCGCUAUCUGCAGCUCGCCUCAUUACGCGGCGGGCGGACCAGCCUUUUCCAGCACCGGCCAUGGCGCUGCCGCUCCAGUGUCCCGGUCGCUACAACCUUGUCGCCGACCGACCUUUCCAUUUCCUGCCGUACUCCGCGUCCACUUGUAUCUUGGUCCCUUUUGAACCCAUGGUUUCCUCUUUUUCGAACAAUCCUUUCCGCUGCCCUUCUGGUUCUAUCGAAAAUCCCCGGUCGUCUCUCGCUAGUAGCCUGCAAAAGCCCCCAGGAAGUGAUAUGGGAAGCGUGGUCAUUGCGGUCGUACAGUACACUCGCUUAUUGAAGGGAGCAGAAAGCCCGAUCAAACGGGAUUGGACCACAAACGCCGACCUUGGACAAUACAGCCAUCCACACACCCCCUGCAUCCAUCCAGGUGUCUAGGCCCCAAGCAAAAGGAACCUCGGCCGCCCGCCAUCUUCCCGGCCGAGAAACAGUGCACCGUCGACCACAUACUUCACCACAUCCAUGUCCAAAAUGAGAUGCAAAUGGGCGAUUUGCUUCCUGCUGGGCCUCGGCCUCUGCGCCGCCAUCGACCAGCGGCCAAUGGACGACUUCGGAAGCAGCUGCGACCCCAGGUCCAUCAAGGUCGACGGCCGACACGCGACGGCCGUCUGCAGGACCAUCCUGGGCGACCUUCGAUGCUCCCGCGUGGACCUGACCGAAUGCAUUAAGAACAGCUACGGAUCCCUGCAAGCUGACCCUAAAGAGUCUGGACCGUCAUUCUUCCAAGAGUGCUUCAACUGCAGCAACAAGCCGCAGACCGGAGGCCUUGCCACCAGUGCCCCGACCUUUCUGCAUUGCCAGUGCGAUCCCAAAACUGGGGCUCCGAGAUCGAACUGGCCGGCGGCCGUAAUGGACAUAAAUACGGUAAUCGACAACAUUGACGGCAUAUUGCAAUGCAAUGGACGGCAUGGCAUGUUGUGGCAUGGGUGUUAGUAUUUGUUAUAAGUGCCAAGUCGAAUAAUCAGAACUGAAUGCGCAAAGAUGCCAUGCGUGGAGUCCUCCACGGAAUUGAGUUUUCGAGAAUGCACUGGGGGCUGCCCGAAAAAAUUAAUUAUGCCAUGUAAUUAUAUUUAAGCAAACUUGAAGUUACGGUUAUAAGCUGUGAUGGGAACCUGCCAGAGGAAUGAUUUCGUAGUUGAACUCUCCGCCACCAAUGAUAUCAAGCCCCGAAGCUCUCAAAAUAGGUUAGAGCUAUGUCUUGUGGCU